AUGGCCGACCACGUCGACAUAUUCCUGCUCUUCAGCGUCGGAAUAGCCUCCCUUCGCCUCCCAAACUUGAACAUGCCCAUUGGUGUCUUCUUUCUCUUCUUCUUUUCUUCUUCUUCUUCUUCUUCUUCUUCUUCUAGUCCUGUCUUUUUCUUCUUCUUCUUUGAUAGACUGUCUCUUCUUCUUCUUCUUCUUCUUCUUUGCUGUCUGUUUUUCUUCUUUUUUUCUUCUUCUGGGUCUACUGGUCUCUUACAAACUUCUUUUUUUCUUCCUUCUUUUCUUCUUCUUCUUCUUUGCUGUCUCUUACAACCUUCUUCUUUUUCUUCUUUUCUUCUUUUUCUUCUCUCUUCUUUUUCUUCUUCUUCUUCUUCUUCUUCUGCUGUCUCUUCCUCUUCUUCUUCUUUUUUUCUUCUAGGUCUACUGUCUCUUCUUUUCUUCUUCUUCUUCUUCUUCUUCUAUGUCUGCUGUCUCUUACAACCUUCUUCUUCUUCUUCUUCUUCUUCUUCUUCUAGGUCUACUGUCUCUUACAAUCUUCUUUUCUUCUUCUUCUUCUUCUUCUUCUUCUUCUUCUUCUUCUUCUUCUUCUUCCAGGUGUGCUGUCCCCUUAGCCUUCUCUCUCUUCUGCUUCUGUUCCAGCAACUAAAUAAAGCCUGA